AUGCUGGUGCUCAACUGUUCUACCAAAUUACUGAUCCUGGAAAAAAUGUUGAAGAGUUACUUCCCUGAAUCACUCAAGGUUUAUGGAGCAGUGAUGAACAUGAAUCGUGGGAAUCCCUUUCAGAAGGAGGUGGUGGUGGAUUCGUGGCCAGACUUCAAAGCUGUUAUCACCCGGCGACAGAAAGAGGCUGAGACAGAUAACCUGGACCAUUAUUCUAAUGCCUACGCUGUGUUCUACAAGGAUGUCAGGGCUUACCAACACCUGUUGGAAGAACACGAUGUUAUCAACUGGGAUCAAGUUUUUCAAAUACAAGGGCUGCAGAGUGAGUUACAUGAUGUUUCCAAAGCUGUUGCCAACUCAAAGCAGUUAGGUGUAAAGUUAACUUCCUUCAAGGCUGUUCAAUUUUUCCCUCAUCCACUUCUGCCGGACACCAGUUCUCUAAAGGGCUCUGCCCCACGACUAACUUACCUGAAUGUUGCUGAUGCUGAUCUACUCAACCGGACUUGGUCUAGGGGCGGCAAUGAACAGUGUCUCCGGUAUAUCACGAAACUCAUCUCUUGCUUCCCCAGUGUAUGUGUCCGGGAUGACAAGGGAAAGCCGGUCUCUUGGUCUCUUACAGACCAGUUUUCCACCGUGUGCCAUGGCUAUACCCUGCCAGAGCAUCGCAGGAAAGGUUACAGCCAGCUGGUGUUCCUCACACUGGCCAGGAAGUUGCAAAGCCUGGGAUUCCCCUGUCAGGGCAACGUCCUAGAUGACAACACAGCAUCCAUAAGCCUCCUGAAGAAUCUCUGCAUUGAGUUCUUGCCCUGUAACUAUCAUAGGCUUAUUCUCACCCCUGCAGCUUUCUCUGGCUAA